UUGGAUACUGCACAAUAUGGAAGAAACAAAAGAUACAAGAAAUACAGGAACCACUGGAAGAGGAGGUACAGGAGAUAAAGGAACAAUCUCAUGAUACAAAGAGACAGAAAGAACUUAAAGAAACUACACAACAACUAACAAACAUACUUAGUGAAAAAGAAAAGGAAUUGAAUAUAAUGAAGGAAAAAAUACAAGAACUGUCACUAAUAAAGAAAACUAAGGAGGAUCAAAAUGAAGAGGAAUGUACACUAGUGGAAUUAAAGGAAGUAAAAGAAGCAACCAAUGAUUUGGAAAAGAAACUAGAAAGAAUGAAAAAAGAAUAUCACAUUAAAUGUCGUACAGUUUCUACUUCAGCAUCAUACAAAAUCAUAAAGGGAAUGAGAAUGGAAAUAGAACAAAUGUUAACAAAUAAAACUGGUUUACUGGAUCCGAAUGAAUCAUUAAUAGAUAUUAAGAGUGAAAUAGCUGAACUACAAGAACAGAUAUCAGUAAUGAGUCUACAUAUACUAAAGAAAAGAGAAGAGAAUGAAGAAUUGAUGCAUAAAAUAAAAGAUUAUAAAAGAAUAACAUUGAAACUGGACCAGGAAAUAUCCAGUGAACAGACACUAGAUAAAAGAGAAGAGGAUCAACAGGUUAUUCAUCAAGAGAUAAAGAAACAGUUGGAUAGACUAAUGUUAACUGUGGACUUACAAAUUUAUAAUUAUACAAGAACGCAAGUAAUAACUACAGGAAAUACUGAAGCCAUACUGGCACCUUUAGAAUCAACUAAAACUCAAUCAGUUAAAGUAAGGGAAUUCAUGAUUUCAGGAACAAAAAAGGUGCAGAGAAUAAACCUUAGGAAGAUUUUCAACCAAAAGUAAUGACCAUGC